AUGACAGAUUCACCCGCUCAACCAGCAUCACCUGCGGUCCACCAUCCCGCACGGGCCGCAGUGGCCUGUACGCAAUGUCGACAAAAACGUCUGAAAUGCAAUUCCGGCUAUCCCCAGUGCUCGCGGUGCUUGUCCGCGGGGUCUAGCUGCACGUACAUCCCCUCGCGGCGUGGCCAGCGCCCGCCCAAAAACCGACCCGAGCUGGACUCGGUCUCUCAGCAUAUCUCGACUUUUGCCAUCCAGACCCCCCGAUCCUCCUUUCUCCCUGCUACUCCGAAUACCGCUCUGCCUCUCUCACUCGCUGACACCCCGGCACCAGGGGAGGUGUCGCAGCCGGUGAACCUCGCUCCUGGUCCGGCCUCGACGACCUCCCCGUUGACCAGCUUCACCACCGCGGCCACCACCUCAUCUCGCCUCCAUUACAAUGAACGCCUGGUCAACUACUACUUCAGCAACUUUCACCCCGCGCAUCCCAUCCUCCUCCCGCACUCCCUGUACGCCACGCAGGGGUACCCGGACUAUCUGCAGGCGGCGGUGCAGUUUGUCGGCAGCCACUAUGCAUCGUCCCCGGUCGAUUGGCAGACGCGAGAGGAAACCAUCCAGGCCAUCAUGAGCAGUAAUAGCCCGCAGACGCCGGAGAUGGUCCAGGCCCGCUUGAUCUGCGCCCUGGCGAUCCACGCGCGAUACGAACUCAUGGACUCGUUCACGAUCUUCCAAGCGGCAACCGACCUGGCCAUUCAACUCGGCAUGGACUGCGCCAGCUUCGCCGUGCAGCAUGGGAACCAGAACCACAUGCUCGAGGAGAGCCUGCGGCGGACCUGGUGGGAGCUUGUCUUCAGCGAAGGCAUUCUCUCCGGUCUCUACCGACAUCAGCGAUUCACACGCGCGACCUAUUUCUCCGACGUCCUCCUCCCCUGCGAGGAGACCGACUAUGAGAAUCUCACCAUCCCCGACCCCUCCAACCUCGUGUCACUGACCCAGUUUGACAAGAGGAUCUUCAACCCCAACAGUGUCGAGUUCUCCUCGUACUCAUAUCGCAUCGAGGCCGUUCGCAUCUUCGUGAACGUGCUCACCCUGACCGAGCCUGACUCCAACAUGCGUCCGUCGCAGGUCCACGCCGUGGACCACGCCAUCGCCGGCUGGAUCCAUCAUCUCCCGGACGGGAAGGGAGAUAUCCUGCAACCGGACGGCAAAGGCGACGAGAUGCUCUUCCAGGCGUACAUGAUCGUGCAAUACGCCAGCAUGUUCUUGCAUUUCCCGCGCAGCGAUCUCAUCUCCAUGCUCCCGAAUCCGGACAUCGCGUGCGCGCAGAACGAACCCCAUGUGUCGCCGACGACGUCCCAACGUCUGCACGGGCUGAAAGCGAUUGUCGCGUCCAAGUGGAUCUUCAACCUGGCGGCCUUGCGGCUGCCGGUGAUCAAACACACGCCGCUGUUUAUCUGUGCGCUGCUGAGCGCCGCGAUCGUGCAGCUGUCGGCAUUAUCCAAGCGGAGUCAAGACGAGAAUAUCGACAUCACGGAGUGCUAUGACUCCAUGUACUUGGCGAUCGGGGUGUUGAAGUCGUUCAGUAAACAUUGGCCCUUAGGGCAAUCCGCGCUGCAGGAGCUGCAGAAGGUGGCCAGCGAGGUCUUGAAGGUGCAGACAACGACACAGACCUUACCGGAGGAUGACGGCUGGACUUGUAAUAUCGACUUUGAGGGGGUUCAAGGGUUAUUACAUGUGAAUCGCGAUAUGGCCGAGGCACAGCAUGGGUCGCUUCUCCGGCGCAGCAGCAGGCUGCACCGCACGCUGCAACUCAGCGGCGACCCCGAUCAGUGGAGAAACAGGGAUCUGAUUCCUUUGCCUGCAGAUCGUACGACCUGGUCCAGCUGGGACUUUCUCUAUCUAUGGAGCACCGUCUUCUUCACCACGUUCGGCUGGCAAAUCACCUCGUCGCUCCUCAGCCUCGGUCUGAAUGUCUGGCAAUCCAUUCUCUGCAACAUCAUUACGAAAUUCCUCCAGACCGCCGUGGUGUUCUGCGUCGGAUGGCCCGGUGGAGUCUGGCACAUUGGCUUCACGGUCAACUCCCGGUCCGUGUUUGGAAUGUGGGGAUCGUAUGUGCCGGUCAUUCUGCGCAUUUUCCUCUGCAUUAUUUGGUAUGGUGUCCAGGCGUUUACGGGCGGCCAGCUGGUGGCGAUUAUCCUGUCGACGAUCUUUUCCGGCUACCAUCAUAUGGAGAACACACUGCCGGAGUCGACGCAUAUGACCACCAAGCAGUUCGUCGGAUAUGUCAUCUUUAAUAUCAUCUCGCUCGCACUCUUGUGGGUGCCCCCGGACAAGCUGAAGAAGCCCUUUAAGCUUAUCGCCAGUAUCAACUUACUCGUCAUUCUGGGACUGGCGAUCGGCCUCAUUGCCGGUGCCCGGGGUGGCUCCCUGGGAACCCUCCAAACGUCCCAGCGAACAGACAACCUGGGAUGGACCUUCAUCCACGGUUUCGCCGUCGUGUUCUCUGGCAACGCGGUCGGCAUGGCGAGUCACAGCGAUUUCUCGCGUUUCGCCCGACGACCGGGGGCUCAGGUCAAAGGCCAGCUCUUCUCGUUCCUGAUAUCCGGGAACGUUGUUCCCAUCCUGGGAAUUUUUGGCACGGCUGCUGCGGCGAAGAUGUACGGCGACGUGAACGAACUGGGUCUGUGGAAUCCACCCAAUAUUCUGCAAAUGUGGCUGGACAAUCAGUACCAUAACCCGGCCAUGCGAGCGGCGGCAUUCUUCGUCGCGUUCGGGUUAACAUCGAGCAUCAUGGCCAUGAACUCCAUCGAGAACGGCGUCUCAGGCGGCAUGGACAUCGCCGGCCUGUACCCCCGGUACUUCAACAUCCGUCGUGGAUCGUACCUGUUAGCUGCAAUUUCCGUGGUGAUCAACCCGUGGCAGAUCAUCGCCAACGGGGCCAUUUUCACCAACACGCUGAACAGCUUCGGAGUCAUCCUGUUCCCACUCAUGGGCACCAUGGUCGCCGACUACUACGUCGUUCGCAAGCAAAAGCUGAAGCUGUCCGACCUCUACCGCGCCGAUGCGAGCAGCAUCUACUGGUUCGAGGGCGGCUUCAACUGGCGUGCGUUCACGGCCUGGUUGGUUGGAUUUGCGCCCAGUAUCCCUGGUCUCGCCGCAUUAAAUCCACACAACACAGGCAUCCCGAUUGGCUUGACGUAUACAUUCUACCUGUGGCCCAUCGCGGGAUUCUUUGCGUCGUUCGUGCUGCAUGCUGGUCUCUGCUAUCUCAGUCCCCCGGCGGGUAUUGGGGCGGUGGAUGAGCCGGAAUUUCAAGACCCAAUGUAUAGCGAGCGGUCGGACGAGAUGCAGAGCGAGACCAUCACCGCGAUGGAGAAGGGCGGACAUCGGUAG